UAACUCUUAAACCCACAAACAAUGUCUUUCUUUCCUCCUCAAACAUUCCCUUAUCCUUACUUCUCACCACCUCCACCAAAACCAAAACCAUUUUUCUCACCACCACCUCCUCCUCCAUCGUUUCGUCCUCCUCCUCCUCCUCACCGGACUUCUCCACCACCACCUUUUCCUCCUCGACGACCUCCGCCACCUCCUCAUUCACCACCACCACCACCACCUCGACGACCUCCACCACCUCCCCAUUCACCACCACCUCCUCAUUCACCACCACACCAGCCACCACCACCACCUCAUAUCACACCGCCACUUCCACCGGUACCACCAUCACCGGCACCGCACCACCACACUGUUAUAAUCGUUGUCUUUGUCUCGCUUGGUGGACUUUUCCUACUUGCAUUCCUUGCAGCCUGUUGCUUCAUUAAAAAGAAGAAGAAGAAGAAGAAGGUUACUCAAGAGACUGUUGUUAGUAACGUUGAAGACCAUGUUCAUGUCCAUGAAACCAUUGUUCCUGGUCCUUGUGGCCAGCAAAUAGUUGUUCUUGACAUGGAUGAAGACAUUAAGGUGCAGGAACAGAUUAAGAAAAGCGAGGUCGUCGGAGAAGCUUCUCGCAUAGCUGCUGCCGGCCCGGUGGCCGGUGAUGGGCAACAGCCUCAUUCACAGAGUGAAUCAAAGAGUCAUCAUCACCUUCUUGAGCACAAAGGCUAGCUGGAAGUAUUAAUUCCUGCAUGCUUUAAUUAAUUCAGUUUGAAUAUAUAUGCAUGCAAUAUCAGCAUGUGUGCCUUCUAAAUAAUAUGUUAAAGAGUUCAUAACUUAUAUGUGUCUGUGUGAUUUAAGAGAAAAUGAGGACAUAUAAUUUAUUGUAUUCAUUCAGUCAGUCUUGUGUCAUAUAUGGCAAAGAUUUAAUGCAGAAUAAGCUCCAUUUGAUAAGUAAAAUA